CAUCAUCAUGCCUUUGGAACACGCUCUUCAAUUGAGAGGUCGUAAUCCAGAUCUUGGGCCAUGGAAAACUGCUCCUGCUCGCCAAAUGACAUUGAACCGGGAGUUUGGCAUGGAUGCACUCCCUCGACAGUUGUAUAACAAGGCCAAGAAGACCCCCUUUCCUUUGAACAUCAUGGUUGUUGGCGAGACUGGUCUUGGUAAAUCAACAUUUAUGAAUACUCUUUUCCAGGCCGAUCUUAAAGAUACCACUGAACUUAAGGUUCCUCAGGACACAAAAACUGUUGAAAUCACUCCUGUAUCCUAUGAGCUGGAAGAGGAUGGCGUCACAUUGAAGUUAUGUGUAGUAGACACCCCAGGUUUCGGUGAUCGUGUAAACCGAGCAGCAGAUCUUGAGCCCAUCCUGGCUUACAUCGAUGCUCAGUACAAUGCUUAUCAUGAGGCUGAAAAAAGCAAAGCAUUCCGUGCUGCUAUCUGUGACACACGCAUCCAUGUGUGUAUUUACUUCCUCGCUCCUACUGGCCACAGACUCAAGGAACUUGAUAUUGCCGCCCUUCGUGUAUUGUCCUCAAAAGUCAAUGUGAUUCCAGUUAUUGCAAAGGCUGAUGGUUUGACUGCCCAGGAAAAGGCUACCUUUAAAAAGGCUAUUUCUGAAGACCUUGAAAUCAACGAAAUCACAACCUAUCCUACUUCAUUUGAGAACGAUAUUGAGGGUUUGGAAGAACUCAAGCAACACAUUCCAUUUACUGUUAUUGGUAGUACAGACCUUGUACAGGUGAAGGACAAGAUGGUGCGUGGUAGAGAAUACCGCUGGGGAUCUGUAGAAGUCGAAAACCCCCUUCAUUGUGACUUUAUCUAUCUGCGUGAAUUGUUGAUGGCCCACUGUCUUCAUGACCUUGUACAAUUAACUCAUCACCAUCACUAUCACACACACCGUUCUGGUCUUUUGUGUGGUCCUGAUCGUCCUGCUUCACUUCUUAUCUGUGAUGAGGAGUACGACACAUUUAUGGAGGAUGCAAAGACCAAUGUAUUCCAGGAUAUGACCAGUCGCGAAGAAGCAAUGCGCCAACAGUUCGUCCAGCGUGUCAGAGACACUGAGCAGACCCUGAAGAAGCGUGAAGAGGCUCUCCAGCAGAAGCGUGAAGUUCUUAUGAAAGAACUUGAAGAUCAGAGACGACAGAUCGAAAUUGCUGAGCGCGAGUUCCAGUCGAUGCAACUCCAGACUUCUGUCCGGUAAACAAUUUUAUUUCAACACAGCACUCUAGAGAUGGUUUGGACGCAAGUUCCAGAAUACAAGUUAAUGAGGAUUAUAUCAUACAUCUUGUUCUUAAUUCCCAAAAAGAAACCUCUUUAUUUUUUUCGUUGUUCCCCACAAUAUUCCUCUUUUUCUCUCUAUUUCUCUCAUCAUGUAUAGACUAUGUUAAUGUAUAAUUAUUAUCCCCUUUUUUUCACCCUUUUCUUAUUAUCUAAUCGCCUCUUAUGCAUUGUCCAAUGGUCUAUUACAAACAUUAUUGUUAUUACCAUAAAAUGUUAUAAUUGCAUAAAUUUUACUUUCACUUAAACCUU